CGCAUUUCCUCGUCACCAUCGAGAACGAGAACGACCGAUCUGGUUUUGGAGAGCUUAGUGCGCCCUCACCAUGGCUCCUUCAAAGCAGUCCAUGUUCCGCUCUGCGGACAUGAGCAUGGUGCAGCUAUAUAUAUCUAACGAAAUCGGGAGAGAAUGCGUCAACGCGUUGGGAGAACUUGGACUGGUCCAAUUUCGAGAUCUCAACAGCGAAGUCAGUGCAUUUCAGCGAACAUUCACUCAAGAGAUUCGAAGGCUUGACAAUGUCGAGCGCCAACUUCGCUACUUCCAUGCUCAGAUGGAAAAGACGAAUAUUCCCCUACGAAAGUUAGAUCUCGAGAUCGAAACGCUCGCUCCUCCUACUACUACCGAGAUAGACGAACUUUCCGAGCGAACACAAAGCCUCGAACAACGUAUCUUUCAGCUGAAUGACAGCUACGAGACGUUGAAGAAGCGCGAGGUUGAAUUGACCGAAUGGCGAUGGGUUCUUCGCGAAGCAGGUGGCUUCUUCGAUCGCGCUCACGGUAACGUCGAAGAGAUUCGAGCAUCGACAGAGGACGACGAUGCCCCUUUACUCCAAGAUGUAGAACAACAUAACCAGGCUGGCGACGUUGAGCGUUCCUUCUCUGGAAUGAACAUCGGCUUCGUGGCUGGCGUCAUAAAUCGCGACCGUGUAGCCGCCUUCGAGCGUAUCCUCUGGAGAACGUUGCGUGGAAAUCUUUACAUGAACCAAUCCGAGAUCCCCGAACCUCUUGUUGACCCAAGUAACAACGAGUCUAUCAACAAGAACGUGUUCGUCAUCUUCGCUCAUGGAAAGGAGAUCUUGGCCAAGAUUCGAAAGAUCUCGGAGUCGAUGGGAGCAGAUAUCUAUAGCGUCGACGAAAACGGUGAUCUUCGCCGAGACCAGAUGCACGAGGUUAAUGCCCGCCUCAACGAUGUCCAGAACGUCUUGCACAACACGCAGCAGACCCUCGAAGCCGAGCUGACUCAGAUUGCUCAAUCUUUGGCAGCUUGGAUGAUUCUAAUAACGAAGGAGAAGGCUGCCUAUCAAACACUCAAUCUCUUCUCCUUCGACCGACAAAGGCGAACCCUUAUCGCUGAAGGCUGGUGUCCUACAAAUGACCUACCUCUUAUUCGCUCUACUCUCCAGGAUGUGACGAACCGCGCUGGUCUAUCCGUUCCGUCCAUUAUUAAUGAGAUCAGAACAAACAAGACUCCUCCUACUUACCUAAAAACCAACAAGUUUACGGAGGCUUUCCAAACCAUCAUCAAUGCCUACGGUACUGCGACUUACCAAGAAGUCAACCCUGCUCUACCCGCAAUCGUUACCUUCCCUUUCUUAUUCGCUGUCAUGUUUGGAGAUUUUGGUCAUGCGUCCAUUAUGUUCGCUGCCUCCGUAGCCAUGAUCUACUGGGAGAAGCCUCUGAAGAAGGUCACUUUUGAACUCUUCGCCAUGAUUUACUACGGUCGAUACAUCGCCUUAGUCAUGGCCACUUUCUCCCUUUUCACCGGUCUUAUCUACAACGACGUCUUCUCCAAGACGUUCACCUUCUUUGAUAGUGCUUGGGAAUGGGAGGUUCCUGAUGGAUGGCAGCAGGGCCAACCUCUCAUUGCUAAACUCAAGGGCGAUUACCGAUAUCCGUUCGGUCUCGAUUGGUUUUGGCACGGCACGGAAAACGAUCUGUUGUUCACCAACAGUUACAAGAUGAAGAUGUCCAUCAUUCUUGGAUGGGCACACAUGACAUAUUCCCUCUGCCUGUCCUACUUCAAUGCGAGGCAUUUCAAGAAGCCAAUCGAUAUCUGGGGUAAUUUCAUCCCGGGCAUGAUCUUCUUCCAAGCUAUCUUCGGUUAUCUUGUCAUUUGCAUUAUCUACAAGUGGUCUAUAGAUUGGUUCGCGAUCGGAGAGCAGCCCCCCGGACUGCUGAACAUGUUGAUCUACAUGUUUUUGCAGCCUGGCACGUUAGAUAUCCAGUUGUACCCAGGCCAGAAGAGUGUGCAGGUCAUAUUACUGCUCCUCGCCUUUGUCCAGGUCCCCAUCUUGUUGUUUUUGAAGCCAUUCUACCUACGAUGGGAGCACAACCGGGCUCGCGCUCACGGCUAUCGUGGUAUAGGCGAACCUUCGAGAGUCUCGGCGCUUGAUGACGAAGAUGGCGACGGACAUAUCCAAGGCAACGGCCGCCCUAGUGUGGACACGGAUGAUGGUGAAGGUGUUGCUAUGAUCGCACACGGUGGCGAUGAUGAGGAACAUGAAGAGUUCGAAUUCAGUGAAAUCAUGAUCCACCAGGUCAUCCAUACCAUUGAAUUCUGCCUCAACUGUGUUUCCCACACUGCCUCCUACCUACGUCUCUGGGCCUUGUCGCUCGCCCAUCAGCAGCUGAGUGUGGUUCUAUGGGACAUGACCCUCGGUCCGUCCUUGGCCAAGCCAGGCGUCCUCGGUGUUUUCAUGACUGUCGUUGCUUUCUACUUGUGGUUUUUCCUUUCGUGUGCCAUUCUCAUUUGUAUGGAAGGCUGUAGUGCCAUGUUGCAUUCACUCCGUCUGCAGUGGGUCGAGGCACAGUCGAAAUACGCCGAGUUCGCGGGUCACAUGUUCACACCGUUUUCCUUUAUCACGUUACUAGAGGAGGACGACGGCUUAGCCGAAUUUAGAGGUUAAUCAUUAGCAUGGAAUCGGGGCGAUUAAGUGUGGUGUAUGAGUAAAACUUGUAUUAUGCGAAAUCCGUAGCUGUAGAUCUAGAUGUCCUACAAUCGAUACUACUGUAGCUUUA